GUCGUGAAUGUUCUCUUCCGGUUUUGUGCUGACGAGGCGUAGUGCAAAGGCUUAGUCUCUGUUGAAUUUUGUGAUCUCUCAGACGUGUCAGUAUUUAGCAGACGGAGACUCUGACGAACCCGCACAGCAAGCAUGGCUCCCAAAAGCGGCAUCAAACAGCAGUCUGAAGAAGACCUGCUUUUGCAGGACUUCAGCAGGAAUCUCUCCGCCAAAUCAACGGCGCUUUUCUACGGCAAUGCUCUCAUCGUCUCAGCCAUUCCCAUCUGGCUGUUUUGGAGGAUAUGGCACAUGGACCUGGUCCAGUCCGCAGUUCUGUACAGUGUCAUGACCCUGGUGAGCACCUACUUGGUUGCCUUUGCCUACAAAAAUGUCAAAUUUGUCCUUAAACACAAAGUUGCCCAGAAACGAGAAGAUGCCGUUUCUAAGGAAGUCACUCGCAAACUUUCCGAGGCAGAUAACAGGAAAAUGUCUCGCAAGGAGAAGGAUGAAAGAAUCCUGUGGAAGAAAAACGAGGUGGCAGAUUAUGAAGCCACAACCUUCUCCAUCUUCUAUAACAACACGCUGUUCCUGGUCUUGGUCAUAGUCGCCUCAUUCUUUCUGCUGAAGAGCUUCAACCCGACAGUAAAUUACAUCCUGUCGAUCAGUGCUUCGUCUGGACUGAUUGCCUUGUUGUCUACAGGAUCUAAGUAAUCCACUUGUGCAGCCAUUCAGAGAAAUACAAUGACCAAUACAGUUGGGUGGGGUGGAUUCAGGGUUUUUUAUAUCUUCAUCUGAAACUAGGUUUUUGAAUAAAAAUGAGAUUUGGACUUUCAACUCUAUAAACAGAGCUGUAAACCUCAAAUAAAACACAUUUUUUUGACAA